CCGGUCUCCGCGCAUCCGAUCAACAGUUCGUUCAUUAUCAGUGUCUGUGAUACACGUGUGGCUAAAAUGUUGGACAAAAACGCAAUGAUGAGAAAAAUGAGAUGCUGUUGUAUUCCUGUAGACAAAGCAACCUUCAUCUAUGGAAUUUUUAGCUCCGUGUUAUCAGCCAUCUGUAUCCUAGCCUUCUCGACCUUCCACAUGUGGUUCGGAGCAGUAUCCGAUGAGAAGGAAUUCGCAGAAUGGCUCCGUGACCCUGAAUCCGUGCCAAAAGAACUCAAGAAUGAAAAACACUUGAAUGAGUAUAUGUGGAUCAUGAUAAUUGUGUUCCUGUGGUCCCUGUGGAGUGUUGUGUCGUUCAUCUUUUCUGUAUUCUUGUGCUACGGAACCCAUAAGCGGCGACCAGCCUUCGUGAAGGCGUACCUAGUAUACGGUGUAGUGGUGACCACUCUUAUGCUGGCGGUGGCAUGCUUCUACAUCUGGAGGGGAGACGUCGUCAACACGCUCAUACAGCUUGUUUUCUGCGGCCUCUACUCGUUGGUUCUCCUGAUGGUCAAGCGCACACACGAAAUGAUCCAAGCGGAGCAGACCUGCGAAUCCACGCAGAUCCUAACCUCUAAACCUAGCAUGAUAGCUUAACAUUAUUUCUACCAAGAACCCGCCUGGCGAACACUCGGGAACUUUGCUCGAAUACUGGACAACCCGCUAGGCGAGUUCUCGCCAAAAGCGGGCGGGUAUAAAUUAAUUCCGGUUUCUGAUAUAGUGCGCCAUUUUUUGUCUGGUAGUAAAGGUGUUAGCUUCUAGAAUUUUCUGUUGAUAUUGUACAAUUAUUGGGACAGAAGCUAGAAGUUUUCAUAAAGACCCCGGGUCUAAACAAUAGAAAAUUUUGGACUAUUUUGGACUCAGGGUUGGCAACGAAUUUAUUAGGCCCGCCUGACGGGUUAUUAAGUAGACGUUAAGUACGUUUUCAUAGAACUUUGACGUUUUAAAUAUCAAUUUGCGAGUUCUACACAAAAUCCUGGUGCCAGUGGUAGUCAUGGAAACCAAUUUUUACGUAUUUACCGUAGACUCGGGGUCAUUUAUCAAUUUUGUCAUAAUCUAGGUAGUGUUUAAACAUUGUCCUGCACAGAAACUUUACAAUUUAUCGGCCGCUAACAUCUAUACGAAUUUAAGAUAUGCGAUGCGAUACGACUAAAUUUCAUACGGUCAGACUUGAGCGAGUUAUUGUAUCAUAUCAGUAUCACAACUGCAACAUUUGAAUACCCCUUCAUCAGGGUUUCGAUUAGUAUUGUUUUCUUGAAUGUGUCCUCCGACAAUCAGUUUAUAACGAUAUCAUUUGAUCAACCAGCUUCAUUUUAAAUUCAUUGUAGCUUUAUCGAAAUCAAAACAAUUAUAUAAAUUGUAAUUGUUGCGAUAUUUUGCCAAAAAAAUGUGAACUUAAUAUACAUAUUAGGUACCUAUUAAUUUAAUAAAUUAUAAGGCAGAAUAAGGAAAAAUAUUUCGAAUAAAUUAUUUAUGUUUCUA